AAUACAAUACAGAAGGAUCUAUAUUUGUAUCAUUGAAUUUUUAAGCAUUUACGCAAUCAACAUUGUAAUUGUCAUGUUAAUUUAUAUGAUACUUUAAUGUAUAAAUUUAAAAAAUUCAAAUAAUGAUGCGAGCAGCCACAUUCUUUACGAAGCUGAAUCUUUCCUCCCUGCAGUCUGCGAGCAAAAAGGACAUUGUUAAUGGAGAUUAGCUUACUUGUCCCUUCUUCCAAUGCUCCCCGUCAAAACCUUUCUGCGUAAGUUUUCUCUCACCGUAAUUAUACUCUCCCUCUCUCUCUCUCUCCGGCUCCCGCUGUCUCUCGGCCUCCUCUAUAAAUGCAGCCGGCGCCUUUCUCGUUGAAAUACAGAUAAGACAAGCAAUAUGCAGGAGACGAUCAGGUACCUUCUAGGCUGGGCCGGAGCCAGCGGGUUCGGCUCCAAGUCGACGGCGGAGGAGGUCACCAAGACCUUGUCGGACCUCCACCCUAUCACCGCCAUCAUCACCGGAGCGACGUCGGGAAUUGGGGAGGAAACUGCGCGCGUCUUGGCUAUGCGCGGGGCGAGGUUGAUUCUGCCGGCGCGGAAUCUGAAGGCGGCAGUGGAGACUAAGGCUCGUAUCACCGGCGAAUUCCCGGAAUCAGAGAUAAUCGUGCUCCCCUUGGACCUCAGCUCGCUUUCCUCUGUCCGAUCGUUCGUUACCCGCUUCCUCUCUCUCCAGCUCCCCCUCAAUCUCCUCAUAAACAACGCGGGAAAAUUUUCUCACAACCAUUCUUUAUCGGAAGACGGAAUCGAGAUGACCUUCGCAACCAACUAUCUCGGCCAUUUCCUGCUCACGAAGCUCCUGAUCGAGAAAAUGGCUGAGACGGCGUCGUCUACGGGGAUCGAAGGCCGCAUUGUCAACGUCUCAUCAGGCAUUUACACCUGGUUUUCCGGCGAUGGUCUUCGUUAUCUCGAUCUCGUCACUCGGAAGAAGAUAGAGUACGACGCCACUCGCACCUACGCACUUUCCAAGCUCGCCAACGUGCUUCAUACCAUUGAACUUGCAGAGAAGCUUCAGGAAAAGGGCGCUUAUGUUACGGCAAACUGCGUUCAUCCCGGAAUCGUAAGAACUCGCCUUACCCGUGACCGAGAGGGAUUUCUCACAGAUCUAGCGUUUGCAAUGGCGUCUAAGCUUAUGAAGACGAUUCCUCAGGCUGCGGCGACGACGUGUUAUGUGGCGGUGCAUCCGGCGGUGGCCGGAGUGACCGGGAAGUAUUUUGUGGACUGCAACCAGAUUUCGCCUUCCGAGGAGGUGGUGAGCAGGAAGGAGGCGGCGCGGUUGUGGGCGGCGUCAGAGGAGAUGACGAUGGAGAAUAUUUUGAGUAGGGAUAAGGCGAUGUGAGUUAGAACAGGGAAUUUGUGAAGCCGGAAUUCUUACUUGUCCGGAUACUAUCAUGUACAGUUGUAAUGUACGGGAUGUUUGAUGUAUAAAUUUGAUACUUAAUAUAUUUUUGUUUUAAUGAUUUAAAAAUAAAUAUUAA